AUGUUGUCUAUCACAGAUAACUUGUCAGACCGCUGCCAAAAGCUCCAAGAUGUGAGCUACAUCAAUCUCGCAGUAUCAAUCUUCAUUCUUAUUGGAAUUCUCGUUUCUUACUUACCUCAACAUUAUCGAAUCAUCAGUCGCAAAACCUCAGAGGGAAUAUCCCCCUUCUUUAUUCUUCUCGGUACAACAUCAGGAACAUGCGCUUUUGCAAAUAUAAUAGUUCUGCCAGCAUCUCGCGCGGAUGUGGCAUGUUGCAAGACAGUUAGCACCUUUGAAUGUGCCGCUGGAUUACUUGGUAUUGCCCAAGUUGGGGUUCAAUGGUUUUGCUUCAGUGUAAUAUUAGUCCUUUUCAUGGUAUUCUUCCCGCGAACUCCGACCCUUCCUACACUCGAUGAUAAUAAACAACAACAUACAUGGCGCACAGCUGUCACGGUAGCUUUGGUUUGUCUCUUCCAUGGAUUCGUUACUAUCGUUGUCAGUGCAUCAUUGGCACUCGCUCACCCUAAUGUACUCGGGGUAUGGGCCAACACAUUGGGGAUUAUAGCUACGAUUCUUGCAGGUAUCCAAUAUAUACCUCAAAUCUGGUUGACAUACAAUCUUGGUCACAUUGGAAGCCUGAGUAUACCAAUGAUGUGUAUUCAAACUCCUGGCAGCUUUGUUUGGUCCAUGAGUCUUUUUGCUAGAUUAGGAGCUGGUGGUUGGAGUACAUGGGGUGUGUUCUUGAUCACAGGGUGUUUACAAGGAUGCUUGUUGGUUAUGGGGAUAUCUUUCGAACUAAAGGCUAGAAGGGAGAGACAGAAUAAUGAGGGUGGAGCUUCCAAUGGAAGAUGUAUUGUCGGGUAUAUUGCAGGCUCGCGAGAACACGAUACGGAUGACGAAGGUGGAACUACUGUUGAGAGUACACCGUUAUUGUCCGAGUCGGGGUCAUCAAGAAAAACUCCUCGACCUUCUGCUCGAACUUCUACAUCUAAUUAG